AUGUCUUCUUGUUGUUCUUGGGCCUCCUUCUUCUGUCUCUUUCCUUUUCUCCUUCCUCUUUCAUUAGCCAUAUCCUUAUCUCCUUCAGCUCGAGUUCCAGUUCAAAAUCCUAUUUACAUAAACAGUUCUUGCUCAAGUAAAACGUAUUCAAGAAACAACACAUACUUCACCAAUCUCAAAACCCUUUUGUCCUCUCUCUCGUCCCGGAACGCUUCAUACUCUACCGGAUUCCAAACUGCCACGGCCGGACAAGCCCCUGUCCGGGUCAACGGACUAUUCCUUUGUCGUGGAGACGUUUCACAAGAAGUUUGUCGUAACUGCGUCGCCUUUUCUGUCAACGACACCUUAGAAUACUGCCCGAACGAAAGAGAAGCCGUGCUCUAUUACAAUGAGUGUAUGCUCAGAUACUCUCACCGGAAUAUUCUCUCGACCGUUACCUAUAACGAAGAUGCUAUUUCUAUCAUGACAAACAACGCUAAUAUUUCAGAAACUAAUCAAAAUCAAGUAGACCAGUUCAGGGAUUUUCUAUGGUCCGCUCUCAACCAAGCUGCCAUUGAGGCAUCGGACAGUUCUAGAAAGUUUUAUACGAGAAAGACAAGCGCACCCCAGUCAACGUUGUACUUGCUAGUUCAGUGCACUCCUGAUCUUACAAGACAAGACUGUUUGCGUUGUCUAAAAAAAUCCAUUAGUGGCCUGCCUCUUUACAGGAUUGGGGGAAGAUUGUUUUACCCUAGUUGUAAUUUAAGGUACGAGGUAUACUCGUUUUACAAUGAAAACGCAACCAGAACACCACCACCGUCGCUGCCGCCUGCCUCUACUCCUCCUCAACAGCAGCUGGAGUUACCUCCUCCACCGCGUAUUUCAGGUAAACAUUAA